CGACUCAGUACGCUCGCUCGCGCGGUUGGUAGUGUUUGUCGCUCCGCGUCCUUUUCUUUUUCCCACCGACCGGGAGGCAGAGACCGGCUGCGAGGAGUGAAAACGAGAGUGCCUCUCAUUCCGCGCUUAUUCUCGGUAGCCUCGCCACAGGAGUUUCUUGCCGACAGGAUUAGAAAAAGAAGGUCAAGAUGUCGCAGCAACAAUAUUAUCCGUUCAAGUGCACUCCAACUGUGUAUCCCGCCGAGCCGUUCGAUGCAAACGCGGAUGCCACUAUUUUGCGUAAGGCAAUGAAGGGAUUCGGCACGGAUGAAAAGGCGAUCAUCGACGUGCUCACGAAGAGAGGUAUUGUACAGAGACUGGAGAUCGCGGAGGCGUUCAAGACCAUGUAUGGGAAGGAUCUGAUUAGUGACUUGAAAAGUGAGCUGACUGGAAAACUGGAGGAUGUCAUUGUUGCCCUCAUGACCCCGCUGCCGCAUUAUUACGCCAAGGAACUGCACGACGCGGUGAGCGGUAUGGGUACCGAUGAGGAAGCAAUUGUCGAGAUUAUGUGUACUCUCAGCAAUUACGGCAUCCGCACGAUCGCGACAUUUUAUGAAAAUUUGUACGGCAGAACGCUCGAGAGUGAUCUGAAAGGCGAUACAUCGGGCCAUUUCAAGAGAUUGUUGGUAUCUCUCGUGCAGGCAAACAGAGAUGAAAAUCAGGUACUUGAUCAUGCCCAAGCGGUUGCUGAUGCCCAAGCAUUGUACGAAGCUGGUGAGAAACAGUGGGGAACGGACGAAUCUCAAUUCAAUGCGAUUUUGGUAUCUCGCAGCUAUCAGCAGUUGCGACAAACAUUUAUUGAAUAUGAAAAGAUAUCGGGCCAUGACAUAGAAGUUGCUAUAAAGAAGGAAUUCUCUGGCAGCGUCGAGAAAGGCUUACUUGGAAUAGUGAAAUGCGUGAAAUCAAAAGUUGGAUUUUUCGCUGAGCGUUUGUACGCCAGUAUGCACGGCAUAGGUACGAAGGAUCGAACAUUAAUCCGUAUCAUCGUAUCUCGAAGUGAAAUUGACUUGGGAGAUAUUAAAAAGGCAUUCGAGGAACGCUAUGGAAAGUCAUUGGAGAGUUGGAUAGCUGGAGAUACUUCGGGAGAUUACAAAAAAGCGCUUCUUUCCCUGGUUUCCACAUAAUUUUGAUGAAGCUGUUAAGAAUCCAGAUGCACAUUUGCCUGUAUAAUCUGCAAAAGAAAAAAACAACUUUAUAUAAACGUCUGCAUAAAUUUCAGCUUAAUAUUGCUUAAUGUACUAAUUGAGGAAUUAGAAAAAAUACCUCUUGCUGCAUUUUUAAAUGUUACUUUUGUAAUACUUUUUUGAAAUCUUUACUGUAUUACGUAGACCAGUAAAAUUUCUCGACGUUCCACGUUUUAAUCUCGUUCACAUACAAAUUAUAUUUAAUUAAAUUAUAUUUUAUAUAUUAUUUUUUAUUAAAAGGUUUAUAAAAAGAAUCUCAUAGUGUAAAAGUGUAAGAAAUGAUUGAGAAAUUGAUGAAAAUAAAAUUAAGAACAUUU